AUCAUCAGAUAGGGUAUAAAAAUAAAGUGACGUUUGCUCAAGAUUUAGCGCCAUCUUUGUUUUUGUCGUGGGCGAACACAUUUAUUUUUCCGUCAUACGCUGUAGUUACGCAUACACAUAUUUAACAUUAAUAUAUAUAUAUAUACUUAUACAAUAUAUAUAUAAUAAGCGACUAUUCUUUGUUAUCAAUUUAUUUAAAAAAUAUAUACACAAGCAAUCACCAGAACUUUGUCGCUUCGUAGUUGGCUCUUCAUCUAAACUGCUUAUUACAGUUCGUUUGUCUUAGUGACUGCAUAUAUUUACCCCCUGUUUAUCCGUCCAUAAUUAUACAUCAGCUGUUGGUCGAAAACCCGUGUGUCUAUUUUCGUUGUUGUUGUUGGUGUUGGUGUUGUCGUACAACCGUUUCGGAUUAUUUUGUCAUUUGCUUCUCAUGGAUGAUCAAGACAUUCUUACGACUCUUAAGAUCCUCAUCAUUGGAGAAAGUGGAGUUGGAAAGUCCAGUCUGUUACUACGUUUUACUGAUGAUACAUUUGAUCCAGAACAAGCUUCCACUAUAGGUGUUGACUUCAAAGUUAAGACUUUGGCAGUGGAUGGAAAUAAAGCAAAGCUUGCCAUCUGGGACACUGCUGGUCAAGAAAGAUUUCGCACUUUAACUCCAAGCUAUUACAGAGGUGCACAAGGUGUUAUUCUUGUUUAUGAUGUGUGCAGUAAACAGUCAUUCAGCAAGCUUGAUGCCUGGCUGAAUGAAUUGGAGACCUUUGCCACUAAACACGACCUGGUCAAGAUGCUCGUAGGCAACAAGAUUGAUAAGUAUGUUGAUAGCAACGGAAUGUCUACAGCUGAAAGGAGAGAAGUAAGCAAAGAAGAAGGUUUAAAGUUUGCCCGCAAACACCACAUGCUGUUUAUUGAAGCAAGUGCAAAGACAAGAGAAGGUGUUCAAUGUGCAUUUGAAGAACUUGUUGAAAAGAUCAUUCAGACACCAGGACUCUGGGAAACUGAUAGACAAGGACUGAGGCUUACAAAUGGUGCCACAGAAGGAUCUUACUCAGCUUGUAGUGGAUAUUGUGUAAUAUAGAUAUUAGGCAUGUGUGAAUGUGUAUUUGUAUGUAUGAAUGUGUGCAACACUGUAUAUCUUAACAUGUUGACAUGUGUGUGUGUGGAUGUGUAUGUUUUCUUUGCCUAAAAAUCUUGUAAAUAAAGACAAUUCCACAAAUAUAGUAUUAAGGGCAACUUACCUUUUUUCUUAUAUAUAUAUAUAUAUAUGAAUGCAAAAUAUGUGUGCGCAUGUAUGUGUGAGUGUGUGUAUAUGUGCGUUCAUUUAAGCCAGUAAUAUGUUGAAUUAAGGUCAUUUAACUGGUGCUGUGUCCAUAGAUUGUACCAAUAAGAAAUUGUACUGUUCUUUUUUAAAUGUAUUGUGAAUGUGUUGGGAUUUCAUUUUAUUUUUCUGUACCAACAUUGUACUGUGUGUGAAUGUGAUUGGGUGUGUUUGAAUUGAUAACUAUCUACUUGGCUAUGUUUAUCCGGGAUCAUAAUCAAAAGACAAGUAUUUGGAUAUUUGCUUUGUGAUUGUGUUUGAGUUUCCAUCCAUUUAAACUCAAAAUCUUACCACUCACCCACACACACGUCUGUGUCUGUUUCUGUAUAAAUGUAUGUGCAUGUGUUUAUAAAUAAUAUUCACUCACACACACACACGCACACACUGUAUGUGCAUAUGUAUAAAACACACAUUACACAUAUAUAUGCACAUAUAUGCUUGUAUAUGUUUGUGAGUCACUGUGUGUUAUGUGUAUAUUUUUAAUUUUCAGAAUGUAUGGAUUACAAUUAUAUAUGUGUAUGUACAUACAUAUGCAUAAAUUGACUUUCAUGACAAUGUGUAUUAUCGUAUUUAGUUCUUCCGACACCAAGCCAUCCGCUGACAAGGUCCCUAUGUGAUAUGUAAAUAAGGUGGGGCCACACUUAGAGGACCCCCAAUUGCCCUAAUACAAUUUGCUGACUUAUUAAUAUUCUUAUCUACUUUCUGUUGCCCUAACUCUAACACAGAACUGGGAUCCAAAAGAUGUGGCUUCGCUAACUAAAAUUUAUCUAUGUCAAACCUUAUGUCUGUUUGCUUUGCUAAUUUCUUAGCUUAAAAAAAAAAAAUUAAAUUUAGUCUUGUUGUUGUUGUUAUUAAAAUUAUUAUUACUAUUCUUGAUAGAAUUGGUGGAGUGCAGGAGAAAUUUCCUUGUGGUAUUUAGUUAUGCCCCUUUACUUUCUGAGUUCAAAUCACACUGGAGUCAAAGUUUGCUUUUAUCUCUCAGGGAUUGAUAAAAUAAUUGCCAUUUAUUAUCUACAGGGAUAAAUUUGUAUCUUCACUCAAAUUUUGUGACUUGUGCGCUAAUGUUAGAAAUUGUUACUAUGAUUAUUAGGACAAUGGAUGAGAGAAUUACUUGGUAGAGCACUGUACAAAAUGUCUUGUUUUCAGAAUUCAACUCCUGCCAAGGUCAAUUUUUCCUUCCAGCUGUCUAGAGUUGCUAAAAUAAAGUACCAGUCAAGUACUGGGAUUGAUAUAGUCAACUCCCUUAAAUUUCUGGCCUUGUGCCUUUCUUAGAAAUUAUUAUUAUAUUGUUAUAACAGUGGCAAGGCAGAACUGUAGUGUCAAACUAUGGUACUUGUCUCUGUAUUCUGAGAUUGCUGUGAGAUUGAGUUUGAUAUUCCUAUCCAUAAUGAUCAAUAAAAUAAGUACCAAGAAGGUACGUAGGUUUUCUGAACACUUAUAGCCUUAUGCUAAUGUAUGAAAAAAAUUUCAUAAUCUCAUUAGACAGUGAAGUCAAUUUUCUUAUCACAGGUUUAAAUUUUAUUACAAGUGUCUUUUGGAUUGUACCCCUGAUCAAGGUGCGUAACUAUGUAUGCUUCAACCUGGCAAAAAUAGGUUCUUUAAAGUUGAAUGGUCAGUAAUGUCCAGCCUCAAAAUUAACUGUUGCAAUAAGUGAACUAUCACACCUAUUCCAUUACUAAAAAUGGUUGUAAUUUUGAUAUAUAUUGGUAAGAUUAAGAAGUAAUAUUGCAAUGAGCUCAGUCUAUCAUUGACUAUAAUUUCCUUUUGAAUCUAAUUCAGUCUACACAGUCUAAUGCCCUUGAAAAUGCAUGAAUGUCAAAGUCUGGCCUAAUAGCUAAGUUGGAAGUGGAGUAUUACAAAUGAUAAAGCAAUUACAUUUCAAAGUUUUGUCCCUCUAUAAUCUGAGUUCAAAUCUCACCAGAAUCUCUAUAAAAUAAUACCAGAGUUAAUUGAAUCAGUUAAAUCCCUUCUCAACAAAUUUGUAGCUUUGUGCCAGUGUUAGAGAUCAAAAUACCUAGUAGUAUUUCAUUACUUUCUGAGUUCAAAUUCCAUUGAGGCUGUCUUGGCCUUUUAUCCAUCUGGGUUGAUAUAAAUAAAGCACUAGGUAAGUAUUAGGUUUAAUUCCAUUGAAAAUAUCUCUCCCCAGAAAUGUAUGAUCUUGUGUGUCAUGUUUGAAAUAUUCAUUCAUGGUAACAUGGUAAUAUGCCAUAAUUGAUGGAGGAAGGGAAUAUUCAACAAAAUAUCAAAAUUUUGAAAAUUGUUUUUUUUCAUCUUAAAGGUAUAUUUGAAACUUCAUCUUUAGCCAUGCAAAAAAAAGAAAGAAAAAAAAAGAAAAAUCCCUCAAGACAAAAACAAUAAAAAGCUUAAUUCACACUCUUUCACAUUGAAAUUUAAGUUGGAGGGUCAGUGAUAAACAAGUGAAGGAUGUGCACAGAGGAUUCCAAGCAUUGUAGAGACAAAUAGCUGCCAAACAAUCAAAUCUAUAAACUAGCUAUAAAUUCAAACAAUCUAAUAAAAAAAAUUACAAUUGUCUUCUUUCAAUAUAUCAACACUUAUUAGACAAUAAUAGACAACUUGAUAUGUAUUCAAAUUUGUAAAUAAUCCCUUAACUUGCAAAAAAUAUGAAGCUAAAACAUCAAUAUUCUUAGGAAAACUUUAAACAGCUUUUGUGGCAAAUUUGCAAAAAAAAAAAUUGAAUAUUCCUUUCCUCCACAGAACAUGUCCUAUUCUUCUUAUCACUAUGUGUGUGUUUGAGUGUUACCUUUUAUUAUUUUUUUUUAACAACCUUAACUCUGGAGCAGAAUUCAAGACAAUUGUAAACUAACACCAUCAAACAAUGUUAUGAAGGUCUAUAACGUUUAUGCAUCAAAUAGAAAAUUUAUAAAAUAUGCAAUUUUUACAA